CGAGUUGACUCAGCUUCACCAUUAUAACGAUAUAGUGGACACUCUAAACGUCAGUCUCUUCACUUUCCUACUUAAUCUUCUCUUUCAUGGAGAUGGACGAGAGCUUAGUAAUGGUUUCUUCUUUGUCGAGAUUGUCUAUAUGUACGAGCUCUGCUUACGUCAACGAAGACGAAUCAGCCACGAAGAAUCAUCCAGAUUCGUGUGUUUUCACGUCUCUGGAGAAUUUCGACGGAGCAGAGGCGGAUGGAGAAGUUUCCGAUGAUGGAGAAGGAAAAGAGAACGUUCGAGAGUCUGAUUCCGACAAAGAGACACGUGGGUUUUACUCUCUUCCGGUGACUCCAUCUCGUCGGAGAAGAAAACUUACAGUUUCCGGCGAGUUAGAUGCGAAUGAGAGUAACAGAGACGGCGGUAAGUGUAGUUUACGGAGGCAAAAAAAGGUAAUAAGGGAAAAGAAGAAAAACAGAGGUAACGGAGAAAGUGACGGCGGUGGAAGAGAAGGAUUAACGGUGUUAACGAGAGCGAAAGGUGGAGAGAAGUCAUUGAGGAUGGGGUUAGAAGAAGUGAAAGCUUGUAGAGAUCUCGGGUUCGAAUUAGAGGUUCCGGUUCCGGGUCGGAUCUCUGUGUCAACAACCGGGUCGAAUUUCGAUACUCAGACUAGUAGUGGCGGCAACUCACCCAUCGCCACUUGGCGCAUCUCCAGUCCCGGUGAUGAUCCAAAGGAGGUUAAGGCGAGACUCAAGGUGUGGGCACAAGCGGUAGCUUUAGCUUCUGCGACACGUCAAGCUUCUUAAUUAUUUAUCUUCUUCUUUGUUUUAUGUUUUUCCUUCUUUUUUUUUAAGUUAUAGAUUUAGCGUUUUUGAUGUUUUUUUUUAGUUUUGCUCUAUGGGUUUUGAGAGAUAUUACGCGUUUAGAUUUGAUUUAGUUCCUUUUUAUGUGUUUGUAUAUACAAUAACAAUAGUUAUUUUCA